UUGGUUUCACUUAUUGAAAUGGUAAAGGUGUGUCGCCGUACAUAAAGCACGUUCGACUCACCGCUGCUAUAAACUCUCCAAGCCUGGGAAUGACCAGAGUUUGAGCGUUAAACGAAGCAAGCGAAAGAGAAGAUAAGGCGUAGGCUUUCAGUCAAAACGGAAUUCCCCAUCAAACAGUCGAUGGCAAAUUCCUCUUCAGUUACAAGGUACUUUCACUUAGAUGACGAAGAAAAUCCGAGCAUGGCGCAUGUGAUUGGUGGGUUCAUAUCACGUGAACAAAAUCCUCGUCGUACGCGGAAAUUGAGCAAGGAGAGCGAAUGGCUCAAAAUGGCGAACUUUCCGAUGGCAGCUUCUCGCCAUUCACGGUUUUUCUCCCGACUUCGAGACGGCCUACAAGAUGCAUUUACACACGCAGUGACUCCUAGAUUACAGAUCGAUAAAAAGACUAUCGAGAAAACAUGGAAAUUAAUGGACAAAGUGGUAAAGUUGUGUCAAAACCAGCGCAUGAAUUUGAAGAACAGCCCACCGUAUAUUCUUGAUAUCCUUCCCGACACUUAUCAGCAUUUGAAGCUGAUUAUUUCCAAGUAUGAAGAGCGAAUGCACAUUCUAAACGACAUUGAGUACUUUAGGAUAUAUAUCGAAAAUCUCAUGAAACAGUCGAAACAUGCCAUUAAAUUAUUCAAAGAUGGAAAGGAUAAAAUGUUUGAUGAGAGCUCGGUGGAGCGACGAAGUCUUACCAAACUGAGUCUUGUUUUCAGUCACAUGUUGACAGAACUUAAGGCUUUAUUUCCUUCGGGCACCUACAUUAGUGAUGGUUUUAGAGUUACGAAAGCUGAUGCUGCAGACUUUUGGAAAAAGAAUUUCGGUACUAGAACUAUCAUUACGUGGAAGCUGUUCAGACAAACCCUACAUAAUGAGCAUCCUAUUGGAUCUGGUUUGGAAGCCAUUGCGCUCAAGUCUACCAUYGACCUCACUUGUAACGACCACAUCUCCAUAUUCGAAUUUGAUGUUUUUUCAAGACUAUUCCAGCCGUGGUCUCACUUGCUUCAAAACUGGAAUCUCUUAGCUGUUACACAYCCGGGAUACUGUGCAUUUAUGACUUACGAUGAGGUGAAAGCACGGCUCUCUGAACACAUGAAUAGAGCUGGAAGUUACAUUUUUCGCUUAAGCUGCACCAGGCUUGGUCAGUGGGCAAUUGGUUAYGUCACACCUGAGCAUACUAUUCUACAGACAAUCCCACAGAACAGAUCACUUUGUCAGGCACUCAUAGAUGGAGCAAGAGAAGGAUACUACCUGUAUCCAGAUGGUUAUGACCAAAAUCCAGAUCUACAGCAAUAUUUGGUCACGCCCCCUGAUGAACACAUUAAAGUCACUGAGGAACAGUAUGAGUUAUACUGUGAAAUGGGAUCCACUUUCCAGCUCUGUAAGAUCUGUGCUGAGAACGACAAGGAUGUGCGUAUUGAACCAUGCGGUCAUCUUAUGUGUCAUAACUGUCUAGAACAGUGGCAAGAGAAAGGUGGYGAGGGAUGUCCAUUUUGUAGGUCUGAGAUUAAAGACAUUCAUAAUAUUGUCGUUGAUCCUUUCCGUGAUGAGCAAGAGGACAGAGGAAGAAGAGCAGCAUUAGAUAACCWUGAAGAAUCAUCAGAGUUAUAUGAUGAAGAUAUAUUGGAAUAUCCACCCACAAGCUGGCCAUCAGACACACAAAGACGCUCCCCACCACAAGGGAACACAUUAAGUAACCAACAAGAUAGCGACAGCUGCCCUCCUCCUUUACCUCAGAGACGAAAUCAAAUGUCACAUAUGAAUACUCCUACUUCUCCUACACUAAUUGUUACAAAAUCAUCACCAUUUGGCUCACCAAGAAACACCCCAGGAACGUCACCUCGCAGCACACCAAGGAAUUCUCCAAGGGUUUCUCCGCGCAGUUCUCCAUUUGCCUCUCCGAAUGUUUCUCCACAGUGCUCCCCAAACACAUCGCCGCAAGGCUCACCCUGUCCGUCUCCGUCAGUCUUCCGAAAAGGUCCRCCUCCUCCGCCGCCUCCUGACUCAGAUUCAGAAAGUCCACCUCCUGCUAUACCAGAAAGAAAGUACAAACAGAAAGUGGAGAAAAGGAUAAAUCUAGAAAGGGCACCUGAAACUCCAGGUAUAGGGUAUGCAGAUGUUUCAAGUGCGAAGGCUGCAACACCCAAGUCAAAUAUCAACAAGAACACCCCUAAAAUCAAUUAUGCUAUAUUAUCAUACCCACCACAAGACGACGACAAACCAUGUAUUAAAGAAAGACAGGAGCAUGCUACUAAAGGAAAAGAAAAUACUUCAGAAACAAAUAUUCCAGAAAAGAGUGAUAAUGACAGUUCCUACGAUGUGCCUCUACCAGUCAUGAAACAAAAACACACAAAAAAGAAGGAUGAUCUGUCUGAUCAAAAUGGCUUCAAUUGUUUGUUUGGAAAGGAGGAAGAUCCUUUUGCAGAUGACCCUUUCAAGGGUACAGAAUGGCCAUCUCUGCAAACGAAUAACGAGGAGAAGAGUGAUGACCUCUUAGUCAGUAAUCCAACUGGAUUCUCAAAACCCAGGGACUYGCGUAAAAACCGUGCUGGCUUUGCCAAAGCUCACUCUACAGAGGAUGUACUGGAUAAUGACCAUGCAGCAAAGGACACCAAACUAAGCAAUUCCUCAUCAGAAAUAAGCAACAAUAAUGAAAAACGUUGUGAUAGAAACAAUAGCCUGCGACAUACACUUGUCUCUAGAAAUAGCUGGUCCGGUCCUGCCCAUAGUUACAGUAACCCCGCAUAUUUGGGCACAUUUGAUCYUUCGCAACUCGAAGGACUAGACGGUGAACGAGAGGACUUAUUGGCAAAUGCCAGUGCUGAUGAUAAAAUGCAGUUUUACGAAGAGGACUUUCAAAUAUUAGAAGCGCAAGGUUAUCCAAGGGAAGCUAUCAAGAGAGCUCUUAUUGUAGCUGACAACAAUUUUGCAAUGGCAAGGAAAAUCCUAAGAGAAUUUUUUCAUACCAAAUAGAUAGAGAAUUCCAACAUGAUUUGUACAUUAUCUUAAUSAAUAUUUAGAGAAAAGAAAACUCAUUACUUCCACUUCUAUAAUAAUUCGGUUAAAUCAGAGCAAAUUUCUUCCUACUUUCUAUUUUAUCAAAAUUAAAUGCAAAAAUAGUUUGACUCAUAGGUUUGUUGAGAAUAGUAAAGACGAACUUAGUGAUAAAGACAGAGUUUACUUGUAUUAAAGUCUAGUUAUUCGCAGAAUAAAUCUACCAUUUCGUUCUAGAAAGGGUUCACAGUUUCGUGUUUUACCAUAUGUAUUUGUUGUACUCCAUUUAGACAAAGGCUCAUGAAUAUGAAAGAUAUUGAAACCUCCGUUGAAUUUGAUGUAAAUUGAGCUACAAGCAUAAAUAAAUAAAUUUAGUAGAUAACGAUAUAUUUUAUAAGAAUGACCUUUAGAUUUGUUUUACUGUAAUUUUCGUUUGCACAAAUUCUAGUGUUUUGAACUGUCCAUCAGAAUGAUUAUUCAGUUGUAGUCUGGUUACCUUUGAUUGACAGCACCAACAACCAAAUAAUGCUGAAAGACAGCGAUCUAGCACCCAGAGACUGUGUUUCUUCUGGCCUGCGGCCAUGAACGAGGGCUCUGGUUUAAUCCAUUUUGUUGGCGCAUGCACAAUUUUCCAGAGGUGAAAAAUAUUCGGUUAACUAUGAAAAUCAAUGAAAUCAUGCUUUCAGACCAAGUAUUGUGUUUACUUCUGAUCAAAAUAAAAAUUARAAGUGUUUUGA